UAACCUAUACUGAAUGAUGUCUUUGUAAAGACAUGCAGAGACACAUUGAAUAGGCGGUUCCACCACCAUAUACCACCAUAUGAACCAGGCACAGUUUUGAGAAGAACGAUUCUUAUCACAGCGUUGUCCAUUUUCGUUUCAGAUGUAUCCUGCCGGCAUCUUUUACCUUUGGUUUGGAUUUGUCAUGGUGAAGUUUAUUACCUGUUAUAGUGAUGGAACUUUAUUGGCAGACUAUUGUCAAGGAAUGAACAUCAAUCAUGACGGUAUAGCAGCACAAACAACUGAAGCCCCGUUUACUGUCACACCAGAGCAGAGGACCUUCACUGAUUUAGAAGUGGGACACGACAUUGACGUGACGCUUUCAGGUACGGCAGGCAAUACAUUUAUUGGUUUUAUGUUGGAGGCUCGUAAGUGUGAGACUUGUCCACCUGCGGGUACUUUUAGUUUGACUGACCUAAGCAAAACAGUCCUCCUGUCCUGUGAUGGCCAAAAUGGCAGAGCUGUUAGUCACACUGAUAACUUGGACAAAAACAACAUUGCAGUAAAAUGGCGUUGCCCUGAGGCUGGAACUUUCUUCUUCAGAGCUGCCAUCACACAGACUUACGAUGUGUUUUGGGGGAGAAAGCCAGUACUUACUACAGCUGCACCCAGAACAACACCAACUGCUAAAAACAUCACUAUCAAGAGCACUGCAAUCCCCAAUGCAACUAUCACUACAGUCAUAACUACAGGUACCACUCCACCUAUACUGCAGUAA